CGCGUGAAGACGCGAGAAACCGCCAAGCGAGUAGGCGAGAAAGAAAAGAAAACCUCUCUGCUAAUUCCUCCUCCUCCUCCAUCGCGACGACGGACCGGAAACCCUAACGGCGAUCCCGGACCAGUCCCUACCCCUUCAUUCCUCCGUCCUUCUCCGGCAUUCCCCCUUCGUCCCCAUUCCGCCGAAUUUUUCAUUUCUCCAGGUAUCCAAUCGCCGUAUUCCCCCAUCUUUUGAUUUCCUCAUUCCAUCUGUAACUCCGUCGGCGAACAAAUGGGUAUAGGAGAGCUAUCCCCCGAGUAUAGAUUAGGUUGAAUCUCGCUUGCAAUUGGUUCUUCUCCGUUUGAAUUUGAGUUAUUGGUGGGAUGAACUGAUUUCGCCUUGCGAAAAGAAAUGGAUCUUCGCGAAAGCGCCGCCGGCAGUGGAGCCUCCGAGCUACGGGAGGACAUGGAAUUCGACUCGCACGACGAAGCGUACUCGUCCUACAAAGAGUACGCGAGGUCUGUAGGUUUCGGGACCGCGAAAUUGAGCAGCAGGAGGUCCAGGGCGUCAAAAGAAUUCAUCGACGCCAAAUUCUCCUGCAUCCGGUACGGCAGCAAGCAGCAGUCCGACGACGCGAUCAACCCACGGCCGUCUCCGAAGAUCGGCUGCAAGGCGAGCAUGCACGUGAAGAGGAGGCAGGACGGGAAAUGGUACAUUCACAGCUUUGUCAAAGAGCACAACCACGAGCUCUUGCCCGCUCAAGCUCACUUCUUCAGGAGCCAUAAAAACAGUGCCACCGCCACUUAUCCCCUCGACAACGGCAGCGAUUCUCGCGUUCGUAGGAAGAAGAACGGCGGCAGCGGCUCUGGGUCCUCCAAAUUGUUUGGGGCGUAUCAGAAUUUGGACUGUCUCGAUGGCUACAUGAGGAGUCAGCACGAUAAAGGAAGGCGCUUGGUGUUAGAAUCAGGUGAUGCUCAGGUCUUGCUCGAGACGUUUACUCGGAUGCAGGAAGAGAAUCCGAAGUUCUACUACGCUGUUGAUUUGAACGAGCAGCACCAGCUGAGGAACUUGUUCUGGGUCGACGCCAAGGGAAUGGAAGAUUUCAACAACUUUGGUGAUGUGGUGUGCUUGGACACCACGUAUUUCACGAACAAGUAUCGGAUACCUCUGGUUCUUUUCGUAGGAUCGAAUCAUCAUGUUCAGCCGACAUUGCUUGGUUGUGGGUUGAUCGCUGAUGAGACGGUCUAUACUUUCGUUUGGUUGCUGCAGACCUGGUCAGUGGCUAUGGGGGAUCGAGGUCCGCGAGUUAUGCUCACCGAUCAGAGUAAUGAGAUCAAGACUGCAGUUGCAGCAGUCUUUCCGAGAACUCAACAUUGCUUUUGUCUCUAUUACAUCCUGGAGAAGGUCCCCCGGCAGCUCGAGUAUUUCAGCCUGUGGAAUGAUGCCUUCACUGUGAAGUUUCAUAAGUGUGUUUUUAAAUCAUGGACAGAGGAGCAGUUCGAGAAGAGAUGGUGGAAAUUGGUCGACAAAUUCCAUGUCAGAGAGGUGGAAUGGUUUCAGUCAUUGUACGAAGAUCGGCGACUUUGGGUGCCUACUUUUUUUAGAGAUGUGACCUUUGCUAGUCUCUCUGCAUACUCACGAGCCGAGAGCUUGAACUCUAAAUUCGACAAGUAUGUGCAAGGAGACACGUCGGUGAAUGAGUUUGUAGAACAGUAUAAAUCGAUUCUGGAAGACAUGUACGAGGAAGAAGCCAAAGCAGAUUUUGAUGCGUGGCAUGAGGUCCCCGAGUUGAAAUCGCCAUCCCCAUUUGAGAAGCAGGUGCAUCUCAUCUAUACACAUGAGAUUUUCAAAAAGUUCCAGCUGGAGGUUUUGGGAGCAGCAGCUUGUCAUCUGAAGAAAGAGAGCGAGGAUGAGAGGACUACCACCAUGGUGUAUGCUGUGAAGGAUUUUGAGGAUGAUCAGAAUUAUGUGGUGGAGUGGAAUGCUAAAGGAUCAGAGAUAUGUUGUUCGUGUCGUUCAUUCGAGUUUAAAGGUUAUCUGUGCAGGCAUGGUAUUGUAGUUCUUCAGAUGUCUGGUGUGUUCAGUAUUCCAUCAAAGUAUGUGUUGCAGAGGUGGACGAAUGCUGCUAGAAGUAGGAAGCCGGUUAGUGGGAAGUUGGAUGAAGUGCAGGAAAGGGUGAGAAGGUUCAAUGAUUUGUGUCGUAGAGCUAUAAUAUUGGGAGAAGAAGGGUCACUCUCCCAGGAGAGUUACAACAUUGCACUUUCUGCUAUUAGAGAGGGUUUGAAGCAAUGUGGGAGUGUGAAUCACUCUGGUGAAGAAGAGAAUGUAUCUGUCGAGAGAGAAUCUGAACCUCAGUUGGACAUUGUGAUAUCGAGCAACAAGGCUCCUCGAUUGUCAGAAACUGGAAAGGAGAAGGGAACCAAAGGAAAGCAGGUUGCUCAGUCGGGUGCUACUAAAAGUGUCAGAACACUGGAAGCUUUCAAUCUAGUGGAAAUGUCUGAUCUUAAUCCUGGGCAAUCACAGAGCAUGGUUCCGAAGCAACUCCAGAAUUCGGUUCCAAUGUUCUUCCAUACCUUGCCACCACCGCAGCUCGAUAGUGCGGCUCAUCUACAUCAGGCCGCUCGAUUUCACCGUUGACUUUCUUCAACAGGCGAAGAGCAAGUUGACAACUUUUUUGGGCAGAGUUGACCAACAUGGGACUCCAUUUUGCAAGCUAGAGAAUUAAGCUCGAGGCUCACGAUGUACAGUUCUUGCUCGAACGUGGGCUGUAGCCUGCAGGAUCUCGGGCUUACUCCGCGGCAUUUGAGGUCAGGUAGAUUAAGAUAAAGCUACCUCGUUUGAUAUCAACUAAUUGUACAUAUAUAUAUAUGCUAAUGUUGGCUGCAUAGAUCUCCUAGAGCUAACAUACCGAGCACGAAACACCAGCAAUGAUGGAUUUGGGUCACUAUAGUGUUGUGGCGAGUCGAUGUAAGUCGAGGCUGGAGAAAGAACUGCUGUGAAGGGUGGUCAUAUCAGUCCGUUUCGAGUCGAGUCGGUAUGGACUGGCUGCGCUUGAUCAGAAAGGCUAUAUAGGCUUAUAGCUAUGUCGACAACUGCAUAUGCCGUGUGGGGGAACUGCUGCAGCCAAGAGGGGUAAGAGCAUGUAACAUGCACUGAGCCGACCAUCGUAUUAAGCAAUUCAAUUUGGGGAACAUGGCCCCUGGAAAUCCUUCGCCUACAAAGGAUGGUCAUUGGUUACCCACUAGUUUCUCAAUCUGGUGACUCACAUGUGUAUUUUUUUUUGCCAGGUGUUGAAUCCAUUACCAAAUUUGGUGCUUGAUUUGUGGAGCGAGCUGAUCGAUGGAGAACUAAGUAAGGAAGGAAGGAAGGUUCUCACAAGAGAGAGAGACAGAGCAUGAAUGGAACUUAAGUGUGGUUAAAUCUCCAUGUUUAACGCCAUGUCUCACUCACCCUGCAUUAGGAAAAGAGCGAAAGCAGAGCAGGUUGCGGGAUCCUAGGAUUCUGGGUCUCCUCCUUCUCCAGGUUGACUUCGGAUUUCCUGUUGUUGACUCCCCCAGAUACUGCCUACUUUGUUUUAGAUAGGAUUUGUAGAUUCUUGCCUGGAAUCUUUUUUUUUUUUUUCCCUUCUUUUUUUGCAAAAAAUAUUGGCUAGUGGUUUGCGUUAUUCAAUUGAUGGUUGCUUAACUUAUCAUAUUAUGCUCU